UACAAAGAUAUGAAACGUCAAAGUUACUGAUUAACUGAGUAGGCCUACUUUGAAACUGUUGCCAAACGCGUUGCAAUUCACCAAGUUGAAUACUUAGCUUUAGUUGAAUACUUAGCUUUUAUAUGGCAUAGGAGAUAUAAAGUAGUAGCAAAAUGAAGGUAAUAUAUGCUGGCUUCAGUAAAACCGGCACCAAGACAAUGACGGCCGUGUUUCAUGAGUUUGGCUACAACACUUAUGACUGGUUAGAAAACUCAUGGUACAAUGGUAAAGAUUGGGUCAAAAUAGUCGAAGAGAAUGGUGGGACAGUAGAAGACUUUAGAAGAAUGUACAAAGGUGUGGACGCUGUGGUUGAUUCGCCUUGCUAUGUUUUCUGGGAAGAAAUAUUGGAAGCUUACCCGGACGCUAAGAUAAUCAUGUCUGUCCGGAAUGAAGAGACUUGGAUACGAAGCAUGAGGAAACAAGUUGAUUCUCUUGCAUACGAACCCCUGUAUGUACUUAUGCAAACGUUUUCUUAUUCUGGUUGGAAACACUUUCAAUAUACUUCAGCUUGUGGUCAUGCUGUCCUUGGAUCAACAAUCAAGUGGCCUUGGUCCAUUUUUAGAUACAACCCAACGGUGUGGCUGCAUAACUACAGAGUCCACAACAACUACGUUCUACAGAACGCACCGAAAGAUAAGUUGUUGGUUUACGAUUUCAAAGACGGUUGGGGACCAAUCUGUGAAUUCCUGGGAGAGAAAGUUCCAGACAAGCCUUUCCCACAUGCCAAUAUAGGGGCGUCGAUUCUUAAAGAUUACAUGCAAAACCAUCCAAUUAUGAAGCGAAUGAUGCGAGAAGCGAUGUUUACUCUCGGAGUUCUUACUCUCAUUGGGGCGUAUGGUGGGUACAAGGUUUACCAAAACCCAGCAAGUAUAAGAGGUUGGAUCAACGCAGCAAUGACAAGGUUCAAGUUCUGGUGAUUAUGACUUUUACACGAGUGAUGUAUAUUCUUAAAAUGCAUAAACUGUUUUAACACCUGUUGUAAAAGUAAACGCAACUGUGAUUAAAAUAACAAUAACUUUUACCAAAAGUAAAUCAAUAAAUGUAUAUAAAAAGUGUUUUUUCCUGCUUCUUAUGAGCGUUGAUUGGGUAUAUUGUUAAACUUGUGCUUGUGUCAUAUUCCGCUAUAUUUACACCCGUAGUUUAAAACAAACCUUGGAUUUUGAACACAACAUGCAUGCCUAUAAAACGCACUUGCAAGUCUUUACUAC